UAUUACUGAAGACUGAAGACUGAUGUUAGUUAACUUUUGCUACUCAAAUUCAAAGCAACUUUUCUACAAGACCUGCGUAAGAAAGAAUUAACUGGAACUGACCAGAUGUAGAUCUAAAAGGGCAAAACAUUCACUUGUUCUGCCUGGCAAAGUGCAAUUGGAGUUUGUUUUAAUGAGUAAAGAGAUAAAAUACUUGCUCUAACCUUUAAGGGAGCUUAAUUGAAAAUGUUUUGUCCAGAGAGGGGAUUUAAAGUCGGCUACUAAUUGUAUAUCAACGCAUGGCGCGAACUUGCUUGAAUAAUUCUCAGUCCACGUGUAUCUGGUUUCCAAAAACUAAUAUAUCAAUUAGUAACAGUCUAGGUGGCUGGUGACAAAUCUUUACCACAACAAGCUUCUCGUUAAAGACUUAUGGUGCUAUUUAUAGUACCCGCGUACAAGUUAUGAAGUAUUGGAUUGGAUUUCAUCUGUCGCUUUUCCGAUCUCGGGGACCUAACAGUAUCAAGGUGUUCGCAGAAAAGAUGUCCGGAAGUCCAUUUGUUCACGAAUAUGUACGUGAAUAACCGAAUUAGUUUUUUUGCAUGCAUUUUGCUGGGAAUAAAGCUGUUUACGAGGCAUUCAUUUGUUCAUAUUAUUGUAAACUAGCUUACAUGGCUCAAAAAAACAAAUGCUUAUCACUGGAGCCAUUGUUCAGCAUUUUUAGAAUUCAACUUUGAACCGCCACAAAUUCAAAUCAAUGCUGUGAAUAAUCUAACUACAACUAUUCAGAAUACAUUACAAAUGACAGUAUCAACGCUACUAAAUCAAAUUUUAGAAAAUUCAAGCAUUAGAAACAUUAAUUCUACAACAGCAGUUUAUAUAAAAAAUAUUAAAACUGUUCAACAGAAGUUAGAAAUAUUGGCUAUCAGUGGGAAAGACAAGUUAGAAAUUAUUACGGAUUUUGAUCGUACACUAUCAAAAUAUUGUCAAGAUGGUGAACUUGUUCCAACUUCUUAUGGUAUUUUUGAAUCAGAUCCUGAAUUAACAGAAACAGCAAAAUCCAUGCUUAUAAAUCUACGAAACAAAUACUACCCUAUUGAAUUGGAUAAUAAUCUUACAGAAAAUGAAAAAACCCCAUAUAUGUUAGAAUGGUGGGAAUUAGCUCAUGAAGUAAUUAUUGAAUGUGGAAUACAAAAACAUACAUUAGAAAAAACUGUUAAAGAAUCCCAUUUAGUAUUACGUGAUAAAGUGAGUGAAUUUUUCCAGUUAUUAUCGGAUUAUCAUAUACCAGUAUUGGUUUUCUCGGCUGGACUUGGGGAUGUAAUUGAUUUAUCCCUUCAUCAUGCAAAUGUUUAUCAUGAUAAUAUGCGUGUUGUUUCAAAUUUUAUGCAGUUCAAUGACAAUGGUAAAUUAAUUGGAUUCAGUUCACCAAUUAUUCAUGUAUUUAAUAAAACAGCUGGCUCUAUUAUAAAUAAUAGUAUACCUAAACGUCCCAAUGUUUUAUUACUUGGCGAUUCUCCUGGUGAUGUGCAUAUGGCUGAUGGUGCUACUAUUGAUGAUCCAACAGGUCAACUUGGAAUAGUAUUACGUAUUGGCUUUUUAAACGAAUCAGUACAAGAGAAUCUAGAAAAAUAUCAAUCUCUAUAUGAUAUUGUCUUGGUAAACGAUAGUACUUUUGAAAUUCCUUAUAAAAUUAUUCAAAGUAUCCUUUGUCAUAAUGAAUAACAAUGUGCCAAACUUACACAC